CUCCUUGCGCCUGCGCACUAGCGCCCACCGGCUACCGGGGCCUGACGUCCCUGGGCGACCGCUGCUCCCUCCGGACGUCCGGGUAACGCCCCCUCAGGUGACGUCACAACCGCGGGCUUCCAACGUAUCGACCCCGUCCGCCGCGCUAUGACGUCACAGAGCCCGCGCCCCCGCCCCCCGUUUUCUCCCUGGGCACCGCCCUCCGCUCCUCCCAAGGGGCGGGGCGUUGCGAUGAAACGGGGCCACGAGCCUAAGCCGGCCUUCGGUGGAGCAGGUGAGGCGGGACCAGGCGUGAUGGCAGAACGCCCCCUGGUUCCAGCCUGUCCCACGGGCCGGCCCGGACGGCUCCAGCGCCAUCUCCUGAGCGGCGAAUUCGACCAGCUGCGAGACUUCCCCAUCUUUGAGAGCAACUUCGUGCAGCUUCUAACCUCUGACGCCACCCCUCCCCCGGCCCAGGUGACCCGGUUGGGAGAAGUUGCCAACAAGGUCACCAUGGGAGUGGCAGCCUCCAGUCCAGCCCUGGAACUCCCAGACCUGCUGCUUCUGGCGGGCCCUGCCAAGGAGAAUGGACACCUGCAGCUCUUCGGGCUGUUCCCCUUGCAGUUCGUCCAGCUCUUCGUCCACGACGAAAGCCGCUGGCAGCUCAAGGUCAAGUUCCGCACCGGCCGGGCCUUCUACCUGCAGCUGCGGGCCCCGCCCGAGAGCCGCGACCGCGAGUUCGGCCAGUGGGUGCGGCUGCUCUACCGCCUGCGCUUCCACUCGGCCCAGGGAGCCGUGCCUUUCACACAGGACUACUCGGCGCUGGAGGACGACGAGGACGAUGACGAAGACGAGGACGGCGAUCUGCCGGCGGGAGAGCUUCAAGCCAUGGAAGCCAGACUUGACCCACAGAUGUCUGAACUCUGGGGACUCUGACUCCUCCAACAUUCUUUGAGGUCACCAAAAGACCAGAGAUCAAAGUGUCCCCUACCUUGGGGCCGAACAGAUGAAUUAAUAUUAAAGUUACUAAAGAUCGGCCACUUAAGAACUAAGAAAACCGGGUCACGAGCACUUUCCCCAUCGUCACCAAUUCAAUAAUGGCUGCCUCAGCUUGGUCUUGGGUUCAUGGUGUCUGGCUCCUUGAGCCCCGCACCCACCAUUCCAGCAUGUCUACCCCGUAAGGGUAGCCCCCCAA